UCAGUUUAUUUUCCAACAUGGCUUGCAAGGAGAAGACGUGCCUGGUCUUCCUCUUGUUUAUCUUCAGCACAGUUUUAAGUUUUCCUCUCGGCCAGGAGAAGGAGGACUCCGUCACCUGCGGAUACCAGUCAUGUCAUGCCACAAAAGCCAACAUGCUGAAUGUCCACCUGGUCCCUCACACGCACGACGAUGUAGGCUGGCUCAAGACUGUGGACCAGUACUUCUAUGGAGAUCGUAACAACAUCCAGCACGCCGGGGUUCAGUACAUCCUGGACUCGGUGGUGGACCAGCUGAUGAAGAAUCCAGACAGGAGGUUCAUCUACGUGGAGACUGCCUUCUUCUACCGCUGGUGGAAGCAGCAGACCUCUGACAUGCAGCAGACAGUCAGACAGCUGGUUAAUGAAGGGCGUCUAGAGUUUGUGAACGGGGGCUGGUGUAUGAGCGACGAGGCCGCCACCCACUACAGCGCCGUCAUAGACCAGAUGACGUUGGGCCUAAAGUUUCUUAACGACACAUUUGGACUUUGCGGUCGCCCCCGUGUCGCCUGGCACAUCGACCCCUUCGGCCAUGCUCGUGAACACGCCUCCCUUUUUGCACAGAUGGGCUACGACGGGUUCUUCUUUGGCCGUCUGGACUACCAGGACCGGGAUCGCAGGAAGAAGAACAAGGAGCAGGAGCUUCUGUGGAGAGCCUCCGACAGCCUCCCGCCACCGCUGGCCGACCUCUUCACUGGAAUCCUUCCCAACGGGUACAACCCUCCCGAGGGAUUUUGCUGGGACCAGCUCUGCGAUGAUGCACCAAUCAGAGAUGACCCCGACCUGGAGGACUAUAAUGUUGAUGAUGUGGUGAGGCGCUUCCUGUUCGCCACCAGCAAUCAGGCUAAAGUGUAUAAAACCAACCACCUCAUCAUGACCAUGGGCUCAGACUUCCAGUAUGAGAAUGCCAUUCUGUGGUACAAGAACCUGGACAAGCUGAUUCGCUACGUGAACGCCCUGCAGGCAAAUGGAAGCACAGUCAAUGUGCUCUAUUCCACUCCGUCCUGCUACCUCCAGGAGCUGCACCGAGCAAACCUCACCUGGCCUUUGAAGACGGACGAUUUCUUCCCCUAUGCAGAUGAUGCUCAUGAUUUCUGGACCGGCUACUUUACAAGCCGACCAGCACUGAAGCGUUACGAGAGGAUCAGUAACAGUCACCUGCAGACGUGUAACCAGCUUGAAGUGCUUGGGGGUCCAGCUUCCAGGAAAGGACCUUUUGGAGAGGGUGACAGCCAAACCUUAAGGGAGGCCAUGGCCGUGGCUCAGCACCACGACGCGGUGUCGGGUACAGCGAAGCAGCACGUCACCGACGACUACGCCAGGAGGUUAGCCGCGGGCUGGCAGCACUGUCAGGUUUUGGUCAGUAACAGCCUGGCGUCUCUCAGUGGAUCCUCUGCUGAACGCAUCUACUGUGAUCAGCUCAACGUCAGCGUGUGCCCUCUCACUGAAUCCAGCAAAAAGUUCUCAGUCAACGUGUACAACCCUCUUGCUCGGCCUGUCGUGUGGCCCGUCAGGCUGCCAGUCAAUGGAACCGCUUACAUCGUCACCGACGCUGGAGGCAAAUCUGUGGACUCUCAGGUGGUUCCAGUGUCCAGAAUGACCCAGGAAGUGAGGAGGAAUCGGGGCUUUGCUGUGAAUGACUUGGUGUUCCAGGUUCAAGCUCCUCCUCUGGGAUACAGUAUCUACUCGGUGUCGCUGCGUCAGGAUGGAGGAGCAGCAGCCCGGCCCCAGCGCUCUGCCCCCACAGUGAUGCAGAACAAGUUCCUGCGAGUGACCUUUGACCCAGACACCGGCCUCCUAAGCAGCCUCAGCAACCUGGAAACUUCACAGAGCAUCAAACUAACACAGAAUUUCUAUUGGUACAACGCCAGCGAUGGUAAGAACUCUCAGAGCAGACAGCCGUCUGGAGCCUACAUCUUCAGACCCAACUCCUCCGUGCCGAUGGUUGUCAGCAGGGUGGCCAAGACGGAGAGCGUUCAGACGUCAGUGGUGCAGGAGGUGAGGCAGUGGUUCUCUCCGUGGGUGUCUCAGGUGGUCCGUCUCUACGCCGACAGCAGAGCUCUGGAGCUGGAGUGGACAGUCGGGCCUCUGCCCACAGAGGACGACCUGGGGAAGGAAGUGAUUACUCGUUUGGACACCGACAUCAAAACCUCUGAACUUUUCUACACCGACUCCAACGGCAGAGAAGUGCUACAGAGGAAGAAGGAUUUCCGCCCAACCUGGCAACUGAAGCAGUCAGAGCCCAUUGCUGGAAACUACUAUCCCAUUAACUCUCGUGCUUUUAUCAAGGAUGAUGACAACCAACUCACUGUGAUAACGGAUCGCUCUCAAGGAGGAGGCAGCAUCCAGAACGGCUCGCUGGAAAUCAUGCUGCACCGGCGGUUGUUGUAUGACGAUUACCGGGGUGUGGGCGAGCCCCUCAACGAAAGCUCUCACAUCUACCCAGAGGGGCUGGUGGUCCGCGGCUGCCUCCUGCUGUCCCUCGACCGUCCGGCCAGCGCUGCUGAUGUACAUCGUCCACUGGCCCAGGAGGUCGUGCUGCAGCCACUUUUGUCAUUUACUGACGGAGAUCUGAGCCCAAACACGCGAUUGGAGUUCUCAGCGCUGCAGGCUGCACUGCCCUCUGCUGUCCACCUCCUCACCCUCAGCCAGUGGGACAAGGAGACGCUGCUGCUGAGACUUGAGCAUCAGUUCCAGAGCUGGGAGAGCAAACUUAACUCAAAUCCUGUCACCGUCAACCUCCUGAAACUGUUUUCCACUCUGGAUGUUCUGGGCAUGUCUGAGCUGAACCUGUCAGCCAAUCAGUGGAAAGAUCAGAUGAGACGCUUUGAAUGGACCUCUCAGAACGAAGAGAAACUGCUGCUGAAGACUCGUGAGGACCCCUCUGUAUGGGAAGUGACCUUAAGGCCGAUGGAGAUCCGAACUUUCCUACUCAGGGUCAGCUUUAAAUAAGAAAUCACAUCUUUCAAAUACUUUUAAGAUACAAAUUAAUUAUCCUUGGUCAGGAACUGAGGGCUGCUCGAGUGCCACUUAACAUGGAAGUAGUUUUUAAUGAUGAAUAUGAUGAAUCGGGGGGUGCAAAACUCUG